GAUUGCCGACUAAGCUGUCCAAAUAAUGGCCUGAUUGAAAUAAAUAUGAACUGUUAGCCAUGGCGAAUUUGGGUCUCGAAUCAUCUUAAUACGCUUUAAGUGACCGAUUAUUUUAACUGUUUACGAGUACAAUGUUUCUGUGUUAUCUGUUCCGCCUUUUGUUUUCUAUCAGGCAUACCGAUGAACAGCCCUAAUAAGAAGGCCGCGCUCAGAAGUGAUGGUGAAAGCGUCAGCUGUUUGGUUGUGAUGGCAAGUUUGUGUAAAUGUGUUUCUGUGUCUUGUUGAAAAAGUGCAGCACAGUAGGCUGCACUGGAUAAUUUGAAAAUACUAGGAUAUUGCUAUUGUUCUGUGUAAAAUCAAUUGGUGUGGCUCAGGUAGUUCGCGCCGAAGAAGAAAGCAGUCAGAGCCGGCUCGGGUGGAAGAAUCACGCAGCUUCUUUCUUCGCAGGUUCAUCUUGAUGGUUAACCAAGCAGAUUUGGCAGAGUCCAGUUCUUCAUCCACCUGAAUUUCCUUUGUUUAUACCUUCAUUCAAAGAUGUACUGUCUUCAGUGGUUGCUGCCAGUGCUUCUUAUCCCCAAACCUCUUAAUCCUGCUUUAUGGUUCAAUCAUUCAAUGUUUAUGGGAUUCUACCUGUUGAGUUUCCUUCUAGAGAGGAAACCUUGUACCAUCUGUGCCUUGGUUUUUCUAGCAGCACUUUUCCUCAUCUGUUACAGCUGUUGGGGAAACUGCUUUCUGUACCACUGCAAUGAUUCUCCACUUCCAGAGUCUGCACAUGAUCCUAACAUCAUAGGCACCUAAUACUUCGUGAUCCACAACAUCAUAUUUCUGAGCUUUUUCUUUUAAUGUUAUUUCUGCAUCGGAUUUGACAAUCUGAAAUGCUCAGGCUAUGAAUGAUUUUCUUUCCACAGUGGUGUGAAGUUCGCCUGUGGGGAUAGUUCAUUAGCUGGAGACUUUUUUUUGUUUUUGUUUUUUUGUUAACAGCCACCAGUCUUUGUGCUGGGAAGUUUGCAGAGCACCCAACUGUUUUGGGUGUAUUUUGCAUGGAGACUCUACUGCUUAAUUAUGAAUGCACAGAUGCAGUGCCAUUAUGUGAACAUAAUCAUUUUGUGAUUCUUUUUUUUUUUUCACAAAUGUGUAAUUCUGCUAAAGGAUUAAGAAACAAUAAAGACAUUUAGUUGGGUCUAAUGUCCGUAAGAAUUUGUCUUUCAAAUUUUCCUAUUGCUGGAGACAAACACAAAGAGAAGAAGCAUGGCAAUAAUGUGAUGAAAUUUGUUUCUGUCAUUGUGAUGGAGAUGUUUUAAAGGGACACUGUAACAAAUUUUAAUAAUAAAAAAGUAGUGCAAUGCAUUUGUAUCUUUUUUUAUUUUUAUUUUUUUUUAUUCAUGGAGGAGGGAAGGAUUUCAAAGAAAGCACAAUCUUCUGGUGGCUCAAGAACUUUUUUUUUUUUUUUUUAAUCCAAAAUUU